AUGGACGUGUCAGACUACACAGGCAUCACGGCCAGGGAGAGCCCAAAGGCAGGGCAAGGCUGCCUGGGGCUGCGGCUGGUCAGCCCCACGCGGGUCCCCCACUUCCCUGCUCAGAGGAAACAAUGCUACAACUACUACUGCCACAGCUACGACGGCAACCCCACCAACUACAGGAAACGAUGCUACAAAUACUACUGCCACAGCUACAACGACAAGCCCAACAACUACAGGAAACGAUGCUACAAAUACUACUGCCACAGCUACAACAACAACCCCAGCAACUACAGCUACGACGACAACCCAACAACUACAGGGAACUCAUGCAACCCAGACCCUUGUGGAGAAAAAUUGGCUAAAUGUAUUGCUUUAAAUAGCACCUUUACCUGCCAGUGCCAAUAUGGAUUCUACUAUAGCAACAAGGAUUGUCACAGAGGGCAAAUAUACCCAGGGGUCAUUAUACUGAAAGGAUUUUACAGUAAUAGUGUUCAAAGUGUAAAUUCCAUGGAGUAUGAAGAGGUGUUCCAAAAGAUAACAACCUUUUUUAAGGAUGCCUUCCAAGGUAUAGCAGCCUUUGGACAGACUGUCAUCGUGGAAAUUCAACCUCUAAGAGAAAGCAGAGCUUCUCUUUCAACGAGUGUAACAGUGACAAACCUGUUUAUGGAGAACUCAGCUGUAGACAAUAAGACAGUCACUUCUGCAAUAAAUAAUGCAAUAAAAAAGUCACCCGAUGUCUCUCAGUACAGAGCUACAAGCUAUUGUGCUGUUUUUAAUUGUGAUGCUCAAACCACAUACUGCGAAGAAAAUGUGUUUCCAAAAUGCAUAUGCAAAAGUAAUUUCGUAAAGACAGAAUGGGAUGAUCGUUCUUGUUCAGAUUGCAGUAAAGACUGUUCUGCAGAAGAGAACAAGUACUGUGCAAAAGAAAAUGGGGCUCCAACAUGCAAAUGCAUGCCUAACUUUAAAAACAAGAAUGGCAAAUGUGUAUCUUGUCCAGUGGGCUACUCUGGGGAGAACUGCAAGAACAAUAGUGAACUCAUCCUUAUAAUAGUGGGUACAGUGUUUGGAGCCAUUAUCCUGAGUUUAGUGAUAGCAGUCUCUAUUGUUUCAGUAAGAGCCAAACACAACCAAGAUCCAGAGAAGAAGAGCCUGAUGAAGUCAAGAUAUUCAAGCCCAAAUACCUCUGAUGACAGACAGACCACGAUGUUCCCCAGAGUCCAGACCUCUUCUGGCCAUGCGAACCCAGGAUAUCAGCCAAACAACCCAUAUGAGAUGUGUUCCGCAAAUAGAGGUCGUUUUCCAGAGAGGGAUUAUGUUGAUUUGUACGAAAUAUCACGGGAGCCUGAGGGCUUUAGGAUGCAGAAGAGAUACUAA